AUGAAGACACAUACUUUCCACUUCAAUGUAAGUUGGGUUGAUGCAAAUCCAGAUGGCCAAUACAGUACUAAAAAGAUGAUUGGAUUUAAUGGGAUCUGGCCUCCACCAGAUAUUCAUGUUGAAAGAGGAGAUAGGGUAGAAAUAUAUCUAACUAAUGAUUUUGCCAACGGAAAUGCAGUUUCGGCAACUUCAAAUAGUGAUUACCUCAGUGAUCUCCCAACAUCACUUCAUUUCCACGGAUUGUUUCAAAAUACGUCCAUGGGCAAUUCGCCACAAAUGGAUGGGCCUGAAAUGGUCACACAGUGUCCUAUUAUGCCUGGUCAAACUUAUUUAUAUAAUAUUACGGUGCCCGAUCAGCUAGGAACUUAUUGGUACCACUCACAUUCUGGAUCUCAAUAUACUGACGGAAUGAGAGGUGCAUUUAUUAUUCAUGAUUAUCAUUUAGAGAAAGAAGUGUGGAAAAUUGAUGAUGAAUUUGUAAUCCAACUAUCUGAUUAUUAUUAUGAACCAUAUUAUAAAGUUUUCAAAAAGUUUUUAUCCAGGUACAAUCCUACUGGUGCUGAACCUAUUCCUCAAAAUUUUCUAUUUAAUAAUACUGACAAUGGGAGCUUGAAUUUUGAUUAUGAUAAAUUAUACUUGUUAAGAUUUAUAAAUAGUGGCACCUUUGUUGCUCAGCUUAUCCAUUCAAAGGAUCAUGAGUUCAAUAUAGUUGAAGUUGAUGGUGUUUUAAUCAAAUCUAUUAAGACCCAUACCAUUGAAUUGGCACCAGGCCAAAGAUUGGCCGUUUUGGUUAAAUCUAAAUCCGAAGAGGAUGUUUUAUUGGAUAAUGAUAAAAAUGAUAACGACUAUACAUACCCAUUAUUUCAAAUAAUCGAUGAGAGGAUGUUGGAUGUUAUUCCGGAAAAUUUGGAAUUAAAUAAAACAAACUUGAUUCAUUAUCCGGGAAGGCGUAAAAGAUCCACUACCAUUGCAUCAAGUUUUGACACGGACGUGUCCCAUAAAGAUAUUUCAGCAAAUUAUCACUUUGGUUCUGCAAAGCUAAAUGAUUUUAAUAUGACACCCUUGGAUAAGGAAGAAAUACUGGACACAUAUGAUUAUCAAAUUAAACUAGAGAUUAGAAUGGAUAAUUUGGGAGAUGGUGUCAACUAUGCUUUUUUCAAUAACAUAACAUAUGUUGCACCCAAAGUGCCAAGUUUAUUCACUGCACUUACAGCUGAUAAAAAGGAUUCCUUGAACCCAUUGAUAUAUGGUGAUAAUUUGAAUGCAUUUGUUUUACAACAUAAUGAAGUUAUAGAGGUUGUAUUGGAUAAUUAUGAUGAUGGUAGACAUCCAUUCCACUUGCACGGCCAUACUUUUCAAAUUGUUCAAAAAACCUUUGAAGAAUUUGAAGAACCUAAACCGUAUAAUGAAUCUGCACCAUUGAUGGAAUAUCCAAUGACCCCAAUGAAGAGAGAUACUGUUAUUGUUGAGGGGAACGGUCAUGUAGUUUUAAGGUUUAGGGCCGAUAACCCGGGGGUCUGGUUGUUUCAUUGUCAUGUUGAUUGGCAUUUGGAACAAGGGUUAGCAGCUGUUUUUAUCGAAGCACCAGAUGUUUUACAGGUAACUGAUAAUGGAGGUGCAUUGAAUGAAAAUAUGAAACAAAUAUGUCAAGAACAAAACAUCCCUGUGGCUGGUAAUGCAGUUGGAAACCAAAAAGAUUGGUUUGAUUUAACUGGCUUACCAAGACAGCCAAAACCAUUGCCUAAUGGAUUUACUUUGAAGGGGUAUUUAGCAUUUAUAACGUCUGCUCUUAUUGCUUUUUAUGGAUUAUUCGUUAUUGUUGAUUAUGGUUUGGAUGAAAAAGAUUUCAGUACUGCACAAGAAUUAGAAAUGUAUCACAAAUUGGAAACCCUUUUAUUAGGCGAAGAAUAUAGAAGUAACGAUGAUGGAAGUGAUAUUGAAACCACUAUACAGUAA